AUUAUGAAGAUAUAUACAAUAAGAAACUAUUCAAAAAUAUUUUUACAAAAGAAACCAUUUAAACUAAAAAUGUUUUUAAAUACAUACAAUCAAAAGAUUAAAAUGGGUUCAAUAGAACAUACUAAAACUGUAAUAGAUGAAGAAUUAAGCAUUUUAAAUUCAUUAGAUAAUUUUAAAGUACAAUAUAAAGAUCAAUUUACUUGUGUGUUAACAAGAUGCGUUUUUUGCAAUAAUAUAUCUCUAUACAUUAAUAAAAUAACUGGUUGGUUUAUUUGUACUCAUUGUUUAAGGUGUAGUGAUUGGUCAACAUACAAGCUUCACUUGAAUAAGAAUGAUAAAAAAAGUUUAGUUCCUACUCCUAAAAUAUUUGAAGCUGGUAAAUAUUUUAAGAGCAUAUCUGAUAGUUUAAUGCAUUUUAAAUCAUUAAAAACUGACAGUAAAAGAAGUAUUUUAAAAUCUCUUAACAUGGAGGGAUUGCAAUUAAAAAACCUUGAUCGUAUUCCAGGUUUAUAUGUUAAUUUAGAAAUUAAUUGUCUGUACUUAACUAUGUUGCUUGACAAUAAAACUGUUGUUGGAUACCAAGAAAUUAAAUUGGAUAGUCUUGAUCAAUCUAUUAAUCCAAGUGACUGUUGCUAUGGAAUUGCUUGUGUUCCUCCAUUUAUUUCAAACCCUAGUCAAAGUGCUAUUAUUGUUGAUGACUUCAAACAUUUAUUGGUAUUAACUGGCCGUCAUUUAUUCCAUCACAUAAUUUGUUUACCACAUGGAUUAAGAAAAUUACCUCAAGAAUUAUUGCCAUCUUUAGAGCAUUUUAAAAAAUUAAUUUUAUGGUUUGGAAAUGAUCAGAUUGCAUGGAACUCAGCUAGAACUUUUGCUAAAAAGUUAAUAGAAAAUAGAUGUUAUUUUAUAAGACCUACUGAUGAUCAACCAUCUCCUUACUUGGCUAAUAAGCUUGGAUUAAAUAUUGAACAAAUAAUUAAAACUGCUGAUCAAAUGGUUCAUCCUAGUAUUAUUCAAUUUUCAACAAUACGAAAAGAAGUUCUUGCUGAAUUACAAAACCAUGACAAGACGCUGGGAAUAAAAUGGACAAAAUUUCCAGUAUUAAAUAAAAUUAUUGGAGGUCAUCGCCGUGGAGAACUUACUAUAAUAACUGGUCCAACAGGAUCAGGAAAAACCACAUUCAUGAGUGAAUAUUCAUUAGAUUUGGCUGAACAAGGUUUGCCAACAUUAUGGGGAAGUUUUGAAAUACGCAAUCAACGAUUAGCAAAAAUCAUGCUCCAGCAAUUUGCUAAAGAGCCCGUGCAUCUUAAUUUAGAUUUAUUUGACAACUUAGCAAAUAAAUUUGAAAAACUUCCAAUAUACUUUUUGACAUUUCAUGGUCCUCAACCACUAAAUAUGGUGAUGGAUGCUGUAGUAAAUGCUGUUUAUGUACAUGAUAUUGGCCAUGUGGUCAUUGAUAAUGUACAAUUCAUGAUGGGAAUUAGUACUAAAUAUGACAUGGGCUCUGAAAGGUUUUGGCAACAAGAUUCAAUUAUAGCAGAGUUUCGGCGAUUUGCUACAUAUUCAAAUUGUCAUGUGACAUUAGUUAUGCACCCUAGAAAAGAAAAGGAUGUAGAACAACUAUCCAUUAAUUCAAUUUUUGGUACUGCAAAAGCUACACAAGAAGCUGAUAAUGUUCUUAUUAUACAACAUAAAGUUAUGGAAUCUUUGCAGAUAAAAAAGUAUCUUCAGAUUUCUAAAAAUCGAUACAAUGGUAAUCUUGGACUUAUGCCUCUAGAAUUCAAUAAACAUAGAUUAAGUUUUUCUCAAGAAAAAGACUAAACUACAUAAUUUUCUUAUAAAUAUGUGUAAUGACUUUAAUCAAUAAUUAA